CCGUUCGUAUUGAAAGGGACAGCGAGUAUGAUGAUUAUCGACGACGUGGCAGACGUGAUGCGUAAUGUUUUCGCGGGCCUUCACUUCGUGGUAGAGCUCACGAAAGACCGCUGCGAGGUUGAAGAGCGAGCUAAGAUUCUUAUCGAGCUGGUUGCCGCGGACCUGAAAAGCGAAGUGCGUUGUGCUCCGGUGGGGUUACUAACCAACCUGAACGACUACUGGUAUUUCUUAUGGCUCACGCCCGACAGGGAAAUCGCGAGGAUGAUGCUCACGAGUCCGGCCAACGGAUUCAAGAUGAUAAGAGAAGUUUUAACGCACUCGAGUGAGGGUUCAGACGGAGUCUUCCCCAUGCAGAUUUCUUUCCUGCCAUCACCGCUACUAAAGCGUCAAAAGAUGCUCAAUGCUGCACUGGCAGGGGAAGAUCCUGCAGCAGAAAUGCUGGAGAGAUACGAGUUGAUGUCAGACGAGCUCAGUCCCGAGUUUUUGCAGGAGAGGAAGAUGGAGUACGCUUCCCAAAUGAUUCGGAAUAUGCCGGUUUACUCUGGCAUGUUCCUGGAGGAAUUAGUUUGCGAUCAACUAUGCAAUAGAAAAACGUCGUUUGCUAAGAGUUCGACGUAG